UUGCAGCGGAAAGCUGGUACAGAUCGGUAAUUACCUCUGUCCAUCAAGACCCGAAGCUAGCUUGCUGAUUGAGUCCAGAAUAUGCAUUGAACGCAGUUAACCAGGGCGUAACUGCCCUCGGAAUCAAAGGUACAGCUACUCGCCCCACCCACGCCUUACAACAUCGAUCAACUGCAUACGUCUAGCUACUGACAAUUAACUAGCCACAAACGGAAUUGUCCUGGCUACUGAAAAGAAAUCCUCCUCGCCCCUGAUCGAUCCCCCCUCUCUCUCCAAAAUCUCCCUGAUCACACCAGAUAUCGGCAUGGUCUACGCGGGCAUGGGCCCCGACUACCGUGUGCUCGUCGACAAGGCACGCAAAGUUUCUCACACGGGAUACAAGCGCAUCUACAACGAAUACCCCCCAACCCGGAUAUUAGUGCAGGAUGUUGCCCGUGUCGUGCAAGAGGCGACCCAGUCCGGCGGUGUCCGACCGUAUGGUGUCAGUCUACUGAUUGCCGGCUGGGACGAGGGAAUCGAGCCCGAGGCUGAGCAGACUGAGCAGAAGGAAAGCGAGGACGAGCCCAAGAAGGCGACUGGGAAGACAGGCGGUAUCCACAAGGGUGGCCCUAGCUUGUACCAGGUCGACCCUAGCGGCAGUUAUUACCCAUGGAAGGCCACGGCGAUUGGCAAGCAUGCCACGAGUGCGAAGACAUUCCUGGAGAAGCGUUACACUGAGGGGCUCGAGCUUGAAGAUGCGAUCCAUAUUGCGCUGUUGACCUUGAAGGAGACAAUCGAAGGCGAGAUGAACGGGGACACAAUAGAAAUUGGUAUCGUUGGGCCCCCCGCCGAUCAUCUGCUGGGGUUCGAAGGUGUCGAAGGGGCGCGUGGCCCCCGGUUCAGGAAGUUGACCAAAGAGGAGAUCGAGGACUAUCUGACCAGUCUAUGAUUUAUUCGUUGAUGCCGAUUUCCAUAUUUGAUCCUCGUCGAGCCUUGU